AUGCCAUUAUCGAGCCAGCCACCACCCCCCAUGAAUCCUACUGUAGAGGAGGUAGAAGACGAGAGUAGGCCUAGUCCAGGUAGCGGUAGUGGUGAUGCCAACGCCGCGCAACAGCAAUUGUCAUGGGCUGAGGUUUGCGCCCAGCACGAGUCGCUGCUGGUAUCCCACCUCGCGCUGCUACAGCAGGUCCAGGGCGAGGUUCCGUCCAAUGGCGAUGCGUCGCGGUUGGUUACCAACAUGUUGGAGCGGACGAAAAAGUUGAUGAUGCAGUUCAAGAUCAUCAAAGGCAAAUUUGGUUCCAGAAAUCUAGAUGCUGAGAAAACCUUGCACUCGAACUCUGGCUCAGAUCCGUCAUCUUCUCGUCGGAUGAGUGAUUCAUCUGGCAAUGGCCCUCGGGCGAGAGAUCGGGCGAAACGGGCACGCGCAGAAGCGAGCGAACGAGACGAGGAGACUAUUGCUGCAGUACCAGAUGCAGAGACUAUGUCGGCCUUUGCUGACCCAGCCCGUCAUCACAAGCGUAAGCGCUUAAUGAAGGUGCUGCCUGGGGGUGAGGAUGACGUUAGGAGCAUAACUCCGGUGUCGAUUGACACGGAGGACAUCUCUGAGGAGGUACAACGAAGGCUGGCUAUUCGAGACGAGCAACGCAAAAAGCGCAGCAAUGCUAAAGCAGAGAAGCGCAAACGAGACAGCAUGACCUCAACCGGAAGUGCACCUUCUCCUGGCGGUCCUACGAAGCAACCCAGAAAAAGGAUCAAAGCAAUCCAAUCCCAUGAGCGAUGA